AAUAUUUUGCUCUUGCGAGGAUGCUACAGUCAAGUUCGAUUUUGCUUUUUAUUUCGAGAAAAGUAAUUUAAAAUAACAUUUCAAAGCAAUAAAUACUUAACAUUGUGUAUAGAUUUAGGAAAGAUUCAGUGGUUAUAGUAUUUGUGAUACAUUAUUUGAUAACAUUAGCCCAUUAGCCUAGACAUAAAAAUAGUAAAUAAACAUGUCUCAAAGAGUUCAAACAAAAUCUAGAUUAAGAAUGUGCAAUAAAUCGGUAUUUCAUCUUCAAGAUAAGAAGGCAGACGAGAAAGAGCUCCCAAUCGGCUUGAUAAAAUCUGCCAAACGCACUGGACAACUCAGUUUGUGCAACAGGGGCCUUGGAACUGUACCUGACAAUGUGUGGAAAAUUGAUGAAUUGGUUAUGGAGGAGACCAAGGAAGUUGACUUUUCAAGAUCAGAGUUAAACAACUGGUGGAAUUCUGAGCCGUUGAAAAUGUUGGAUCUCAGUUCAAAUGUGAUAAAAACAAUAUCCCCCAAUGUCAAGUUACUUCAACAGCUUGUCACCCUCAAGCUUCAUGACAAUGCAAUCACAGCCUUACCAGCUGAAAUUGGUGAAUUGAAAAUUCUGUCAAAUCUAAGCUUAGACCAUAAUAAGCUUACUGUAUUACCAAAAGAAUUUUACAAAUUAACUGAACUACGCUGGCUCAGUUUAGCUCACAAUGAACUGAGUGGAAUUGAGCCAGACUUUGGUGAUUUGGUUAUGCUAACAUUUUUGGAUUUAUCACACAACAAACUUACAGUACUACCUCCUGGUAUGGGUUAUUUGGUCCGUUUAGUGGAGCUAAACCUUUCACAUAACCAGCUGCAAGAGUUGCCUCCAGACAUUGUCAAUCUUAGGGAUUUGAAGAAAAUGAACAUAAGCAACAACAAUCUAAAAAGGCUACCUGCAUUAGGUGAAUUGAGGAAAAUGGAAGUAUUGGAUGCAAAUCACAAUGAUAUAGAGGCUUUGCCUGACUUUUAUGGCUGCACUGCAUUGAAGGAACUGUACUUGGCUAAUAAUUUCAUCAAGGAAAUUACUGAAGAAUUCUGUGAUCAGAUGCAGCAUUUGAAUGUGUUAAAUAUUCGUGAUAAUAAGAUUGAAGUGUUACCCGAAAAUAUAUCAUUACUCCAAAAACUGAAGAGGCUUGAUCUGACUAACAACAAUUUGAAUAAGUUACCAAGAAACCUAGGUCUCCUGUCUCAGCUGCAAAGCCUGAGUAUGGAGGGUAACAAGCUGUCGGCCAUCCGGCAGGACGUCAUCCGCGGCGGCACCGACCGCAUGAUGAAGUACCUGCGCGACCGCAUGACCGAUGAGAUUGUCAGCGAGACCAGAUACACCGACACUGAUUGGCCGGACAAGUACACCCUGAAAAAGAGCCAAGCACUCAUGGUCCCGUCCCGCAGCCUGACCUCGGUGCCGGACGACGUGUUCAAGGCCGCGGCCGACGCUGAAGUGCACAUCAUCGACAUUUCCAAGAACAAACUCACCGCUGUGCCUAUGGGAGUGUGUCACCUGAAAGAAACCCUGUCUCAACUGAUCAUGUCUUCGAACAGUAUUGCCAACAUUCCUCCGGAGAUAUGUCGUUGUGUGCACUUACAGUAUCUGGACGUGGGGAAGAAUUGCCUAGCAGAAUUACCCUUGGAAAUCGCCAACCUGAAAAACCUGAGAGAACUAGUCAUAUCUAAUAAUAAGUUCGGAAAGAUCCCGCGUUGUGUUUACGAGUUGGAAAACCUUGAGAUUCUCUUGGCCGCGGAGAAUCAGAUUGAGGAAAUCAACGUGUCUUCGGAUGCUUUGGCAAAGCUGAAAAAACUGGCCGUGCUGGAUCUGUCCAACAACAGCAUAUUCACCGUGCCUCCUGAGCUUGGCAACUUUACACAUUUGAGGAGCCUGGAGCUGAUGGGCAAUUGCUUCCGACAGCCGCGGCAUGCCAUCCUCGCCAAGGGCACCGCGUCGGUGCUUUCCUACCUGAGAGACCGAAUCCCCACCAACUAGCACGUAAGCACCAGUGUUUGACUAGCGUACAUCAUAUUAACAAAGGAUAAUAAUAGACAUAAGAACUCUGGUAAAAAAAAAGUACAGUGAGUACAAUUUACUUUUAAAAUGUUUGUUGUGGCUGCCUAGUAAGUUUUUAGUUACAUAUUUGUGUAGUUCUGGAACCGGCUCUUUUCUAAUAAAUAAAAUCUUUGUCGGAAAAUUCUGAUAACAACCGUCUUACUUAAUUUAAAGGCUGAUUCACACGUAUUAAGUAGUUAAGUAGGUAUUUAACUUCAAUUUUCGGGUAAGUUGGUGGGCGGGGCUUGUCACUUGACACGUUUUGACACGCAGUUUCAUAGUAAACAAGAACUUGACAGCUUAACGUUUUGACAUAGACUUAAAAUUUAGUUACCUAGGUACUUAACACGUGUAAAUCAGCCUUUACUUAAAAAUAAAAUUGGCCUGCUUAGACUUCACAAACAAUAGUCAUCAAGAAAAUAACCAGUUUACAAACAAUAUGAGGGUUACUUGAAGAUGAUUACCAGAGUCUUCGCUCAAGGCAUUUGUGUACUGUAGUAUCUCUUUUACUUUGAAUAUGCAUCUUUGUUAAUAUGACGUAUGAAACUUUUAAGAGUUGCCAUAUCAGCUAUCUGCUUAUUUAUAAAACCAAAAAUAAUCACACCUAUAGAUUUGUUAUUCCCUUUUAUUUGUUGUUUAAUUCAUUAAGAUUUGCUGGUCUUAUGUCAGUCAAAUUAUUAUUGUCGUGUGUUUAUUAUUGUUACUUUCAAUUGUUUUGUUAUUUAUUUGUGUGUAAAUAUUGUUGUUGAUUAUUUUAUUACAUUCAAUCAUUUUAGUAAUUAUUUAAAUCAGUGUAGGUUGUGAUAUGAAAAAAAUAACUGGCUUAUUAACGCGCCAUUUAAUGAAAUAAUUGCCUUUCGGAAUACUGAGUACUUCACUUGCAUAAAUUAAUGUUAAUUAAAAUGCCAAAUACAUAUUAUCGUGUACAUUUAAAAUUAAGAUAUUCGUACGUUACAACAAUGAAGUUAAUGUAUUUUUCUUAUAUCCAAAGCAGUUAAGGGUCAGAAGUGACAGUUUAAUUCUAUUGUUGACCGGAAAUGCUAUUUUUUGAUAAGUAUUGCUAUUUAUUAACUUUAAAAUAUGCUCACGCGUGAAAAGGCCAAGUUACAGAAAAAUAUAUUUUGUAAUAGGUACACACGUGAAUUAUUGUGUUAUAUUGUACUAAUUGUUAUGUACGUGCUUAGCUAAUACUUAAAUAUGUGGUUUGAAGUGUUAUUAAAAUGUGGGUUAAUUAUUAAGACAUCAUUCCACGGGUUUUAAUAGUUCUUGUUUUUGGCGAUAUGGUCUAUAUCUUCAUGCAUUUUUGUGCAAGCACUAAAACUGUUACUACCUUCAAUCAAAAUUUCUAAUAUUCGAUGAAAUAAUGCAGAAUAUUAACUUACGUAUACUUAAUUAACCAUUACGUAGCAAUAUGUUUUUCAUUUUAUACUAUCAGUUCCGAGUCCUUUUUAUUAUGUCCUGUCCAUGUUGAAAAGUGUUAGGGGCGGAAUGUUUUCAUGGUAAAAUUUAAUCGUAAUUAAUUGUAUUAAGAGAUAUGUCUUUAAGCCUUGGCUUCCAUAUUUUGAAUUUAAUUUAAGUAAAAAAUAAACGAAAAUAUUGGUUAAAGGGUUAACAAACGUUAAACGACGCGUCAUAAUUAUGACGACAAAUGUAAAUAAAUGCAUUGUGAGCUACAUGGAUGAAGGACUAGCAUAUCGACGGUUAAGAAUCAAUACCAUCUAUCUCAAAAAAGUCAACUUUACAGGAGGUAAAAAAAACGUUUCCUCGCUUCAGCUUUUAUGUUACUAGGAAUGUAAAAAUCGCUAAAAAAGGUAAAUAAAUACUGGAAAAUGUUAUGUAAACUUAGAUUGUCGUAAUAUUGUCAUAUACCAAGAUAACUUGACUUAGAUAGUAUUGGUUCAAAAGAGUUAAAAUUAUUUUAUUUAUCUACUAGAUAUGUGUUAUUGGACAAAAAUAACUAGUAAAAAAUCUAGUAGUUUAUUAAUCAAUAGCAUGAAAUGAGGUUGUUUUAUACCUUACAUUAAUUUGUAUUUUACAAAUGAGGCAAAGAAUCAUAAAAGUCAUGGCAUUCUGCUGGUAGAACCUGUUUGAGUUCUUGCAGAUGUUGGUAUUUUGACGCAGUUAUGGCUGUGGCAUAAGGCAUAUCAGUCUUAGUCAAAAUUAUGUUUUACGUCAGUAACAUUUUCAUCCGAAGACCUACCUGUUGGGAAACUCUGUUAAGGUUUUUAAACAUUGUGCAGAGGUCUUCCAGCGAAUGACCAUAAUAUUUUCGGCAAACUGAAGGUGAGUGAUGCACCUACUCGCCAUUAAUUUAUAUUUAUGCAGAAUCCUUUCCAAUUCAGGAUUUUGAAAGCAUUUUGUACAAGCACCUCGAUGUACCGAUAGUCGAUACGGCACCACUGGAGAGCCUGUAGCAAUGCACAAGUCUCGAUCGAAUCGAAGCCCUUCUCAUAGUCCACGAACGCCAAGCAAAGGGCAACUUAAUAUACUCCUCGGUCUUCUGUAUAACCUACCACAGCAUAUGGAUGUGGUCUUUGCGAAAACCGGCUUGUGCCUGGGAGGCUGAAAGUCAUCAAACCUACGCGUGAGACAAUUCGUGAUGACUCUUGAAAACAGCUUGUAGACAUAGCUCAGUAGGGAGAUGGGUCUGUAGUUCUUCAGUAAGGUGUUAUCUCCUUUCUUGAAGAAAAACACUACCAUUGUUCUGUUCUAUGCCUCUGGCACUAUUCCCUCGGGUAAGACGGAAUUAAAAGCCUCUGAAGGAUCAUCAGUAUCGGUGUUUCAAUCGCGUUCAGAAGUUUCGAGGUUAUUCUGUCAUCACCUGGUGCCUUGUUGUUCUUAAGCUGUUUGAGAGUCAUUCUAAUCUCGUAUAGGCUGAUAUUCGGUAUAUCUUUGGUAGAGUGUCGAGUUAGCUCAGCUGUUGGGUCUGUGGCUUACAUAUUAACAGGUUUGGUGACCAAGGUAUGCUCGUAAAACCUCUCGGUCUCACCCAGAACCUCGGUCAUACACCGUCCACCGUAUUUAACUUCGUCAGCUGGCUUAGCUCAAUAGAGUUGUCUCUUGCGAACACUUUGGAGCCUUGGUUCCGCUCUAUCGCCUAUUGAAUAAUAGUACUAUUAGUUAAAGUUGUGAACAUUUUGUCAACUUUAUCUCAUGUUUUUCUGAUUUUCAACUUACAAUUAUCAAGUUCUCAUAGGCUAAAAAUAUAAUGAAACACGUCUACUGCACAAUGACAGUAAAAAAUACCGAAUAAAGUAACUUUCUAGAAUUCUUCGAGGAGAGAUAGACAAUAUUGGCAGAAAAAAUUUCGUGCUCUUAACAUAGGUGGUAUUUCUAUAAGCAAAUAACUUAGGAAAUACUGUGAAUAUUGAGAUAGGAGUGUGAACAACCUGUGCCAAAUUGGACUUUAAAUCUAUUGGCAUUAAAAAGUGAAAACCGCCAAAACUUGAGAUAGAUGGUAUUGAUUCUUAACCGUCGAUAUGAAAAGUGACUUGGCACGCUCGGUAGCCGCUUAGCAUGAUAACUUUGAACGAUUCGUGAAAACUCACUUCUCAGUUGAAUUACUCGUUAUCGUCUUCGAUAUUUUAUAAUAAAAUUAACGAAAUGACGGUCUGAUACAGAAAAUAACAAUAACUAACGAAUAAACUUAUGUAAACUGACUAAUUUGCCAGGAAAAUAGUUUUCAUUCCCCUUAGGAAUAAUGUGUAACAUAGAAAAUACCUGAUGUUUUAUAAAAUGUUACUAAAAAUAGAGUCAUUGUUAGAAAUCUUAAGAAAUUAGCAGAAAUGUUGAUAGUCAUUACAACCAAAGUAUUGUUCAAUGUACCUGAAUUUAUUUUUGGAUAUCUAUGUAUUGUGUUUGAAUAUGUAGGUAGAUAACAGUAGCCUAUUUUCAAUGUUUAUUGGCCGCUUAGAAUACAAGUGUGAAGAAAUUGCACAAUAUUGUUAUGGAAUGUUCAUAAGCACAAUUUAAAGAAAAUUAUAUUAUUAAAUAUACCUAAUGCCUUAAAAUAA